AAUAAUCAAUUAGUGAUAACAAGUACUGUAAAAAACUUACAGAUAGUUUGUAACAUUGAAUCUCAUAGUCAUAGAUGUUAUACAGUAUAUCAAACAAACAAUCAAUUAAUUGAUUCAUUAAAAACUGUUUUAUACUUAAGUUAUAAUUGAAAACCAGUUUCACUCCGAAAGACACAGAAAAUGGCCACAAAAGUGAUGACAUUUGACACACAACUUGUGGACAAUGUUUAUAUCAAUACAUAUAAUGUCAAAGAGAUGUCCGAAGCUAUCAAACAACGAUACCAUCGAUUAGACACUCAAACCAUUAUCAAUGAGUUAGUAUUUGCCAUCAAAAGUAUUGAUUUGACGACACUUUCAGGCGAUGACACGGAAGCCAAUGUCGAGAGACUUUGUUAUCGGGCAUUGAAUCCAUUAAGAAGACAUUUGAAGGAAAAAAUCACAGCAAAUACUYCAAUCUCUGAACCGUUGACCACUGCGGCUGUCUGUGUGUAUCCAUCGAGAGCUUCUGAUUGUGUCAACGCAUUCAAUAUAUUAGCUGAUGAUAAUAAUAGUCUAAGAGUUGCCAUCGCUUGUGUGGCCACUGGAUUCCCUUCGGGACAAUAUUCUGUUAAUACAAGACUCGAUGAAAUAGAUUUUGCUGUGAGAAGUGGCGCUCAAGAGAUUGAUGUAGUGGUGGACAGAGCUUUGGCAUUGACUGGCAAUUGGAGUCAAAUGUAUGACGAGUUGACACAAAUGAGAAGUUUAUGCGAUAAAAGUGGCGCUCAUUUAAAGGUGAUUAUUAGUGCCGGAGAGUUAGCAUCACUUGAUAACAUCUAUAAGGCCAGUAUGACCGCUAUGUUAGCCGGCGCUCACUUUAUAAAGACAUCGACAGGAAAGGAGACAAUCAACGCAACGCUACCCAUAGGUGUGGUUAUGACCCGAGCUAUUGCCGAUUUCUAUCAUUUGACUGGAGUUCGGGUUGGAUUUAAAGUGGCCGGAGGGCUAAAGACAGCACAAGAUGCCAUUGAUUGGAUCGGAUUAAUUAAAUCACAAUUAGGAGACCAUUGGUUGAAUCGAGACUUGUUUCGCAUCGGCGCCUCUUCUUUAUUGAAUGACAUCGAAAAACAAUUAUUUAAAUUCAUUUACAAUAGACAACCAAAUAAUUAUGAAAUUUCACUUUAAAUUAUUUUUUGUUAUA